AUGUCCAUUAUGGUAAGCAGCCUUCAUGAAAAUGAUUGGCCGUGCAAACUUGCUCCCAGGGGACUGGAUUGGGGAGCAGCCACCAAAAACGCGAAUGAAGGGCAAGUCUGUUUUGUGGCAUGGGCAACAGUUGUGGUAGGGGAAGGUGCAGCAGUAGGUUUUUGGAUCGUGCUCACAGGCUUCUUGCCAAAGUCAAACUUCAGUGGUGCAGGUGUGGAUGGGGCAGAAGUUGGGGCAGCAUUGCUCGAAGUGGUACUAAAUAUCGAUGGUGGGUUAGCUUGUGUCGAUGUAGAUGUUGGCAUCAAGGAAGGUGCAGGCGUCGACGGUGCAAUUGGCUUAGUGAAAAAGUCCAGUAUGGAGGGUGUAGAUGACGUGGUAGGUGCAGUGGUGGUGGUUAUUUGUGGAGUAGAUGAGGUAGGGAAUAGGCUGGGUUUAUUGGCAACAGGAGCUGAGGGUACCUGA